AUGGGCUUAUUAUACAGACAGUUUCUUCGAUGUAGAAUGAUUUUAUUAUCAUAUUUGUCACACCAUCCAAGGUUAGUUUGUAUUAUUCUGGGGCUGUUUUUGCUGCUGCUGUCCUUGGCUCAUGAAAGACCUAGACAAAUACUGUCAUAUGGCAACAGAUUUCAAGAUAGUUCUACUUUCAUCCGAGAACAAAUUCAGCAGUGGAGUAAUAAGGCUGAGAGAACUAAACCCAAAUCUGUCCGAGAAUGUAAGCUGUUUUCUCUACAGCCAAAAACUGAGCAGUUGUUGGCGUUCCAUCGACCCAGCUGUCGAAGGAUACCACCAUUGCCAGGCUCGUGUGAUCUGGCAAAUGAGAUUUUCUUUUCAGAGCCCCCAGCGACAUGUUCUCAUCAGCAGUCAUUUAAUUUCUGUGAACUGAAGAAAUCAGUCAAUGGGAAAUGGGAGGCACAGUGCAAUGAGACUCAAAGUGUAGCUUGUAUAUCUCCACUGUCAGUUGGUAAAAUUGACCGACAGACAGGAGCUCUGAAAUGGGAAGAAACUGGAACAUCAAGGAAAACCGCAGAAAUGAUUACAUCUUAUAUUCAUCAUUCCAGAAGUGCACUCAGGCAUUAUGGUUUUUGUUUUAUUAGAUGCAUGAUAAAACAAUUCUUGUUGGAAAAUGGUCCUAAGGACUUUGAUGACCCAGAGAGAAAUGUGUAUGAUGAUGAUCAAAGAAAUGUAGACAGCGAUGAUAAAAGAAAUGUGCAUAACGAUGAGAGAAAUGUUUUUGCUGAGCAGCUUCUGAUUUUGCCGCCACGGAUAGAGCCCUUUGAUUCAGAUUCGGUAGCAUCUCAGAAAAAUAAUUUUAGCAUUAAUAUCAUGUUAAUUGAUUCUGUCUCACGUCAGCAUUUUUUUCGGUCAUUACCAAAAACUGUUUCAGUUCUUAAAGAGGUCACAUCAUUGCUAGAUUCCGAAACUACUGUCUUAGAUUUUGAAUUGGUACAAGCUGUCAGAUCACGAACAUUUGAAAGUUUACAGGUGAUAUUCUCAGGUGAAAUUGACCCUUCAGAGAAACCAUUUGGCACUCAAGAUACGCCUCCACAACCACUAAAACUUUCUUACCUGUACGGGAAGUUUAAGAAAAAGGGUUAUCAUACAUUGUGGAUUGAAGAUUUAUGUUAUUUAUGGGAAUGGGGAAUAUCUAAAGAUCUUCAUUUUCUCAACAAGAGCAGCAGUGACGAGGAUACCUGGAAAAGAUUGUGGAAGAUCCUGGAUAAAAAUAACAUUGAUAGUGUGGAAGUCACUUUAGCCAUGUGUGAAGUUCUCAAAGCAAAUCAUGUACCAGACCACUUUCAUGGUCCAGAUGCAGUGUGCUUCAACGGAAGACACCAACAUGAGUAUCUAUUGGAGUAUCUGCAGCUGUACCAGCAGACUUUAGAGUCCCAAAAGCUGCCUUAUUUUAUGUUUUCACAGACAAAUGUUGGUCAUGAAGGAAGGGGACGAAGAGUCCAGACAUUGGACACGUCUCUCGCAAAUUACAUAAAAUUCACAGCCUCACUACAGGACACGCUGACAAUAAUCUUCUCUGAUCAUGGGAACUCUUAUGGGAGCUUCAUGAGUGCAACACAGGAAGCUCGUAUUGAACUAUUUCAUCCCUUCAUGUUGUUUGUUAUACCAAAUAAAGUCGCUAAAAUACUCGGGGAAAACGCUAUGCUUUCUCUAAGUGUAAACACAGAUCGUUUAGUUAGCUUUUUAGACCUUCAUUAUACUAUCAAUCAUAUAGUUGAUCCUGAGAGUUUAGAAAAGACUGCGAAAAGACAAUUUCCAGUAUCCAGAAAAGGUCUGUUAGAACCUGUAGAUGUCAACCGUACCUGCAGUGAUAUCCCACGUAUCAUGCCCAAUCUCUGCAUCUGUCAAAAUUAUGAUACAUCAGUCGCCAACGAAUCUGACUUUAACCUGUUUGCAUAUUUUGCUAUUGGCCAAUUAAAUGAUGAAAUACAACGACAGCUUUUGUCCUUGCAUAUAAAGAAUGCAGAAAUAAAUUCAGGCAACACAUUGGUGGCUUUCAAGAAUUGUGAAAGACUGAUUCUUCAGGGAGUUCACAACGUGAGGAGGAGCUUUGAUCAGAACAGAACACAGACGUUGAAAAUGGACUUGCAUGUACAGAAAUCUCAAGUAUUCUUUGUCGCUGUGAGUAUAACAUACAACCUUCGCAGUCAAGGUGACCAUAAGACUGAGCUGAUGAUGUACGACCGUAUAACCCCGUAUGGUAUAUUCUCUGUAUGUGCCGACAACAUAGACCUGUCCUUGUGUAUAUGUGACACCUCCAGGUCCUCGACGAAUUCUUUAAAAAUUCCAGAAAAAGACGACUUAGAAAAUCUGGAUCUUUUGCCAGAGUUUGAUGUGCUAGUUCAGGAUGUUAGCAGCCUUGAUCGUUGUUUAUUUUUGGUAACAGUUAAGCACGAGCGGGGUGCGGUCGUGUUUUUAGCAAAUGUUUGCCAGAAAAGGAGUUUUAUUGUCACUGCUGCACUGGAAGCAGAUGAUCAUCUGGUCUACUCUGUGCCGCCCUUGCUCCCUGUGGUUCUGCCUGGAGGAAUGGUGGUGCUGGGUUUGUUGUUUGCUGAGACUGGAGACACCUGGACUGGUUCUGUGAAGGUUUCCAGCCAAGUUGUCAGUGAUGUGAGUUACUUAGGUAGUGGAUGGUGGCGUAAGAGUUAG